GGCUGGGCCCAAGUCUCUGGAAGCCACACACCUCCUCCUGUCCUCCUCCCACCCUGCCAGCUGACUUAAUUUGCCUGACGUCUUGUUGGCCCUUCCCUGUCUGUGCCCACACCCCCCUCCCCAGAGUGGGGCCAGGCCAGGCCAGCUCUUCUGGCAGCAGAGCCGGGGCAGGUGACGGCUGGCGUUGCAGUUGAGGGAGUGAGGAGGUGCCUGGGAACCGGAGCUGGAAACCUGGGAGCGGUCCAGUCAGAGCCCAAGAGCCGGAGCCGGAGCUACCUCUCGACCUGUCAGCCAUGGGGGAGAUGGAGCAGCUGCGGCAGGAAGCGGAACAGCUCAAGAAGCAGAUUGCAGAUGCCAGGAAGGCCUGUGCUGACACCACUCUGGCAGAGCUUGCGUCUGGCCUAGAAGUCGUGGGACGAGUCCAGAUGCGGACGAGACGGACGCUCAGGGGACACCUGGCCAAGAUUUAUGCCAUGCACUGGGCCACGGACUCCAAGUUGCUAGUAAGUGCCUCGCAAGAUGGGAAGCUGAUCGUGUGGGACACCUACACCACCAAUAAGGUACACGCCAUCCCUCUGCGCUCCUCCUGGGUCAUGACCUGUGCCUACGCCCCCUCAGGGAACUUUGUGGCAUGUGGGGGGCUGGACAACAUGUGUUCCAUCUACAGCCUCAAGUCCCGUGAGGGCAAUGUCAAGGUCAGCCGGGAGCUCUCUGGUCACACAGGUUAUCUCUCCUGCUGCCGCUUUCUGGACGACAACAACAUUGUGACCAGCUCAGGGGACACCACGUGUACUCUGUGGGAUAUUGAGACCGGGCAGCAGAAGACUGUGUUUGUGGGACACACAGGGGACUGCAUGAGCCUGGCUGUGUCUCCCGACUUCAAACUCUUCAUUUCGGGGGCCUGCGAUGCCAGCGCCAAGCUCUGGGACGUGCGGGAGGGGACUUGCCGGCAGACGUUCACGGGCCAUGAGUCGGACAUCAACGCUAUCUGUUUCUUCCCCAGUGGAGAGGCCAUCUGCACAGGCUCAGACGACGCCUCCUGCCGCCUGUUUGACCUGCGGGCAGACCAGGAGCUGACGGUCUACUCCCACGAGAGCAUCAUCUGCGGCAUCACAUCCGUGGCCUUCUCCCUCAGUGGCCGCCUGCUCUUCGCAGGCUAUGACGACUUCAACUGCAAUGUCUGGGACUCCAUGAAGGGCGAGCGUGUGGGCGUCCUCUCUGGCCACGACAACAGGGUCAGCUGCCUGGGGGUCACAGCUGAUGGGAUGGCGGUGGCCACAGGCUCCUGGGACAGCUUCCUCAAAAUCUGGAACUGAGAAGGCUGGAGGAGGGGAGGUAAAAGGCCAUGAAGACACUCAGCUGCCCCUUCCCCUGCCCAGUUUCUUUAAGGCUUUCUCUUCUAUACCCCAGCUGCCACUCCCACAAGCUUUCUCCUUUGAGGCCCGUGGGGAACACAGGGUGUGCCUCUGGGAGACAGCAUCAGGGCUGGGCAGAGAACCGCCCCUUCUCCCAUGGCCUCCCCUCUCUGUGGUCCUGAUAGUUUCUCCCUUAAUGAGUAAGGACAACGGACCCCUCCCCAGCCCUUGGCAGCCCAGCAGGUUUCAGCAUAGGCUCCAGGCCCUAGGAUUCCUCCUCCAGAGCUACUACCUUUGUCCAGGGUAAAGACCUGGGUGGCCAGGGUGCUCGGCCCCGUGACUAUGGCUCUGGCACCACCAAGGUCCUGGCUCCCUUCUCCUUCAUGUUUUCCCCUUUUUCUACCUUCUUUUUUUUUUCUCCCCUCUCCAAAGUACCUGCAAUAAAGUAUAGCAGUUGGUA